AUGAAGAAUAAUGAAGGAAAAUCGGUAGAUAAGAGCAGGAUUGUUCCUGUUUCGAUCAUAUUUGUGGUGCUUUGUGGACUUUCUUUCUAUAUGGGAGUACUGUUUGGUUCCGAGAAUGAUAGAUUUGCAUCGAUUAUCAGUCAGAGAACCAUUGCUUUCCGGAAGGAAUCGUCAUCGUCGAUAAGUUCUUUGAAAAUUAACGAUACCAGUUUUCCUGAAUGUAGUAUUGAUUAUCAAGAUUUCACUCCAUGUACAGACCCGAUGAGAUGGAAGAAGUAUGGAUCCUAUCGGUACAUUAUGUUGGAGCGUCAUUGCCCUCCGAUUUUUGAGAGGAAAAAAUGUUUGGUUCCUCCCCCGGAUGGAUACAAACCUCCAAUCAGAUGGCCAAAGAGCAGAGAUGAAUGUUGGUACAGGAAUGUUCCAUUUGACUGGAUUAAUGAGCAGAAGUCCAAUCAACAUUGGUUGAGAAAGGAGGGGGAGAAAUUCUUCUUUCCCGGCGGGGGUACUAUGUUCCCGAAUGGUGUUGGUAAAUAUGUUGAUUUAAUGGAAGAUUUGAUCCCAGAAAUGAAAGAUGGGACUAUUCGAACUGCCAUCGAUACUGGUUGUGGGGUUGCUAGCUGGGGCGGUGACUUGCUGGACCGUGGGAUUCUUACUGUUUCUCUUGCUCCUAGAGAUAACCAUCAAGCUCAGGUUCAAUUCGCUUUGGAACGGGGUCUCCCUGCAAUUCUGGGUGUCCUUGCUUUACACAGACUUCCAUUCCCGUCAAAUUCCUUUGAUAUGGCUCAUUGCUCCAGAUGUCUCAUUCCAUGGACAGACUUUGGCGGAGUUUAUCUUCUCGAAAUACACCGGAUUCUUCGUCCUGGAGGAUUUUGGGUCUUGUCCGGUCCACCAAUAAACUAUGAGCGCAGGUGGCGUGGAUGGGACACAACAAUCGAAGAACAAAAAUCAAAUUUCGAGAAAUUGCAGGAGUUGCUGACUUCAUUGUGUUUUGAAUUGUAUAAUAAAAAAGGCGACAUUGCCGUAUGGCAGAAGUCUCGAGAUAGUGUUUGCUAUAAAAACCGGACCAAAGAUGCUUAUCCGCCCAAAUGUGAUGACAGCCUCGAAGCAGAUUCAGCAUGUGGGAGUGCAUUAUCAUUCAAAAAUGACAAUAGUAAGUGGAAGAAGCACAUUACGCACUACAAGAAGUUAAUACCUGAGCUUGGGACUGACAAGAUAAGAAAUGUCAUGGAUAUGAAUACAUUAUAUGGAGGUUUUGCUGCUGCCUUGAUUGAUGAUCCUGUAUGGGUUAUGAAUGUGGUCUCAUCUUAUGCUCCCAAUACGCUCCCUGUGAUUUAUGAUCGAGGCCUCAUUGGAACAUUCCAUGACUGGUGUGAAGCAUUUUCGACGUAUCCUCGGACAUAUGACCUACUUCAUCUUGCAGGACUCUUCACUGCAGAAAGCCACAGAUGUGAAAUGAAGUAUGUAUUGCUGGAAAUGGAUCGAAUUUUACGACCUGACGGGUAUGCUAUCAUACGUGAGUCGAGUUACUUUUUGGACGCUCUUACAACCAUUGCCAAGGGUAUACGAUGGGAGUGUCGUAAAGAAGAUACCGAGCAGGGGGGUGAUGCGGAGAAGAUAUUGAUAUGCAAGAAAAAGCUAUGGUAUUCAUCUAUCAAAGUUUCAAGAUGA